AUGUCGGUGUUAGGAAAAAACUUACAAAAACACGACGUCCGCUAUUUUUCCACAAACUCUGACAAAAAAGCAGCUAUUGUUGAAAGAUUUAACAGAACUUUGAAGACAAUGAUGUGGAAGUAUUUCUACAGCAAAGGAACUUACAAUUGGGUCGACGUCCUAGACGAGCUUACGAAUAACUACAACCAUACCAAACAUAGCAGUAUAACUACAACCAUACCAAACACAGCAAGUCAAACAAAGACCAAGUAUGGAUUACGCUAUACGGUUACGGAUUAGGAGAAUUUCCAUUACCUAAGUUUAGAGUCGAUGAUACGGUCCGAAUAACGAAUACAAAAAUAUCUUUACCAAGGGAUACGAAGCAAACUUUACGGAAGACAUAUUCAAAGUUGUAAAAGUAUUUAGAGGAGAUCCUAACAUGUACGAAAUAGAAAGUCAUGACGGAGAACCGAUUAUCGGAAAGUUUUACGAAGAGGAACUAUCCGCCGUGGAUAAAAAGGACGAUGUGUACAGAGUAACAAAAAUUAACGGAACAAAAAUUAACGGUGCUACAUUCAAAGAUAUCAAGAUCAUUAUUUCGAAAAAUGGGAAAAUGAUAUACUCCACGGACAAGAACAAGUAA